AGGUGAAACCUGAUCUUGGGUGUCUUGCGUGACAUUCUUGAGAAAUUUAACACCUUUUCGUUUGACUCGCCUCUCCCACGGUGUGUUAUCUCAGUAUGACCUCAAUUGGCCAAAAAGGUACAAAACCAGCAAAGACAGAGGUGAGGGCAGUAGAAAGCCCUCGGGUACUGUCCCUGUCGCUGCCUCAGCGUGUUGAUCCUGGACCAGCCUUUCUGUGCAGCUAUCACAGCCUGGGCUGCUGUCUUCGCACCAACAUAUUUCCAGGUGCUCCUUUAACAUGGAAAUCCCUCUCCAGGGACUCUUACAUCAGCCACCCUCCGACUGCCUGGCCUCCAGACCCCCACCUCUGGUACGGCCACAAGACCGAUGAAAUGGUCCAGUGGACAGAGAGAAACAUCGUGAACCAGAAGCUCGACAAGUCACUGACGGAAAUGAAAAAAAAAAGCACCGCAUAAUUAAGCCCUGCUUACCAACCCGGAGACCACAACACACG